ACGCAAAAACACCGUCCUCCCGAACAACAUCUUCCCCUGCAUAUCUACCGCAAUUCGACAUUUUCUAUCGCCAGGGUAUCUCACAGAUCAGCCCAGACGUACCUCGCCUCGUCCUGACACCUGUCUCGCCCUGCCGCCCAAGGCGCCAAUCUGCUUUUGAGCGCUACGACACAACUAUUGGCCACGACUCGAUACGCCACGAAAUACGUGCGAGUCGGAGCUAUUCUCGUACAUCCCUGACGCAGACGUACUCGCCGACAUACCAGCUCAUAUCCUCUCACUUCUACGACGCACGAUCAGUUGCUUGCCUCAUCCCUCCAACUGCCAGUCGCCGGCCACGGCUGACGCUCACAUCGCACCAUGAGUGCCGAUCAGUUCAAGGCCCGGUCGAUGAAGAGGAAGAAUGUCAAAGGUCUUGCCCUCAGCGCUCCACCCAAAGUUGUGGCCCCCUCAGAACAAGACUCACAGCUUCCCGGCUCUCUCGGCAACGAUGGCAAUCGAAAUGACACUCUGGAGAUCGGCGUUGAGUUCAGGCCCGACUGGCGGACGGAGGACCUUGAAGUGGUGAAAGAGCUAGGAUCGGGCAAUGGCGGUACAGUGAGCAAAGUGAGACACAAGGGGUGGAACAUCUUGAUGGCGAGAAAGAUCAUCCACGUCGAAGCCAAGAAGGAGGUGCGCAAGCGGAUUGUGAGGGAACUCCAGAUCAUGCACGAGUGCAAUUCGCCCUACAUUGUGUCGUUCUAUGGAGCGUUCAUGAACGAGGCCAACGACGUGACGAUGUGUAUGGAGUACAUGGAUGUCGGCUCUCUGGACAGCAUAUCGAGAAAUUUUGGACCGGUCCGCGUAGACGUGCUCGGGAAGAUUGCUGAAGCCAUUCUCGGCGGCUUGAAAUACCUAUACCACGCACAUCGGAUCAUGCACCGCGACAUCAAGCCAUCGAAUGUUCUGGUCAAUAGCAAGGGCCAGAUCAAGCUUUGUGACUUCGGUGUAUCUUCCGAGCUUGAGAACAGUGUCGCCGACACAUUCGUGGGAACCGGUACGUACAUGGCUCCUGAGCGGAUACAAGGAAGCCCCUAUACGGUCAAGAGCGAUGUCUGGAGUGUCGGCCUGACGCUCAUGGAGAUGGCGAUCGGAAAGUUCCCGUUCGGCGUCGAGAGCGAGGAUAGUGAUGACGAUACAUCGGGUCCCCAGGGAAUCCUCGAUCUACUCCAGCAAAUCGUGCUUGAGCCCGCACCGAAAUUGCCCAAAAGCGAUGCCUUCCCACUCAUCUUGGAGGAAGUCAUUGCCAAAUGCAUGAUGAAGGAUCCAGACAAGAGGCCGACACCGCAGGAGCUGUAUGACAACGAUGCAUUCCUCCAGGCUGCCAAGCGCACACCCGUCAACCUCGAGCAGUGGGCGGUCAGCAUGAUGGAGCGGCACAACCGACGCAGUCACUUGGCGCCGCAGCUCUCACCAGCUACCCAAGCCAUGCUACGAGGAGAGGAUGUACCUGGACACGCGACAGGCUUGACUCCCAGGGAGCAGACACCCACUAGUGGCGAGAUCCCGAUAUCAUCU